AUGUUUAAUCGUGCGGUAUCGGAAGACGACUCAUGUCUUUGGUCACAAACAUUAUCAUCAAAAGAGCCAAACAUUAUCAAGUUUGAUACAUCCAAGUGGAGGAAACUUUCAAAAAAUCAAGGUGAUUCAGUUGGCUUUUUAUUUGACAUCGGUGCUGGAGAUUAUGAUGUGACGAUUCCAGGUCACACUGGUGUUAGAAAUUACCUGGUUGAGGAUGUUGGGAACAAUGCAGCUGAACAGGGACGACAAAAUGACAGAUUACAACUUGUUGAUUUGAAAGAUGAUGAUGAUAAUGGAUAUGAUACCAUAGAGAAUGAAAUUUUUGGAUUAGGUGACUUGGAGCGUGCAACGAAUGAAGCAAACACGCCACAUAAUCAUUUUGAGAUGGCGACAUCACCUACAUUUGAACUUCCAUUUGGAGUGGAUAAUGUAUUUGAAAGUAUAGAAGGACGCCAACAAGACAAUGCUUUAGCUCAUUACUCAGCUACAUCAUCUCAACGAUUCAUUGAUUUGAAAAAUCGACAUGAAGUAAGCAUUUUCACCCGUCAACGUUAUGGUAAUAACUACAACGGAUUUGAUGAGGAUACAUAUCACCCCAUUAAGAACAAUCCAAAAGGAAGAAAACGGGAAGCUUGGAAAGAAUCGUUCCAGGCUAUUGGCAGCGUGUUUAAAAAUAGAUUAAAACAAAAACAAUCAGUUACGAAGCUAGUUCCAAGAUCAAGUGUGACUAAUCAAGAGGAAAUAGAUGCAGAGACCCAAUUAUUGGUUGACCAUUUUGCUGGAGUAUGUACACCUGCUGAAGUUUUGGAAGGUGUUCAGUUGAGACUGAGUGUGCCGGUGAUGUUGCUGAGAUUGGGAUUGAUGGAUGCAGGAGUGUGA